CCCUCAAGGCCCAAGGCUUUAUACCCCUUCAAAAUCCUCUGGAUACAAAAUAAAACUCGAAAUUCACUGCAAGUAUGGGGCCUUCACGAAUCUCAAAAGCUUUCCAAGGCUUGACGAUAACUGGCCUUGCAUCGGUCGGCGCAUUUUUCGUGUGGACAAAACACUGCCAUUUCACACCGGCCGAUCAAUUCACCCCAGCUACAGAGCCACUGUUCCAGAGUAGCUGGUACAAGAAGUUCAAUCCGCUACAGAACCCGACGACGCACGAUGAAUGUGUGCGACGGUUGCCACUGUUCAAGCUACGACCGGAGCUCGUCGAGGACGCCCAAAAAGGGGGGUCCAAACUGGUCGAAGCAUUCAGUCAAGGAAUCUGGGGAGGUCCUGGAUAUACCAUUCAAAGACUAUACUUGGAACGGAAAUGGCGAAACAACACUACGACCGCCCACCAGCUGUGGGAUCCUAAAGACCUCAAAUCCUCAACUUACGACAAAGGCACCGAGAUAACAGACCAUUUCGUCGUGCUAGACAAGACUCCCACGUCGAUACUCAUCCGGUGUGGAGACUCACCGUUGAACAAUCCAGACGCCAACAGACCGAGUGAUGGAUUAUUCGAGAUCAGUGCAACUACGGACUUUGAUAAGGGGUUUGCCGAGUUCAGGCUCAAGAGUAUCUUCUAUCAGGGUGAUCCUGAGAUCAAGGACAAGACGGCUGAACCAAUGCCGCCAACUAUGGCUUAUUUACACCAGCUAUACACGAAGUUGUGGAUGGAGAGCGCCAUGGGACACGUAAAACAAUGAUCUUAUGUCACAACAUAUUACUUAACGGUAUGUUAAGCGCAGACAGCUCUGGCUUAAUCAUCUCGAGUUGACUGAGCAAUAAUAUGAAAU